GUACAAUCAGCUGGAUAAUCGAGAUGACGCUGAUGGGCUACUUCCUGAUUGGUCUGGGUGGCUUCCUGUUUUUUAUUGGUGUAGUUGGCUGUUGUGGCAUUUUGAAGAGACGUAAAUGGAUGGUCCUGUUGUUUUUCAUUGGUGUGCUCAUCAUCUUCAUCCUGCAGGCUUCUUGGUCGGUGUUUGUUCUUCUUCCCAGGGCUUUGAAAGAAAAACCACUAAGCACAUUAGAGAAGGAUGUUAUUGAAGGCAUUCAGAAGAAUUAUGGGCAAAGCACCGAGUUCCUUUUCACAUGGGACCAAACCAUGAGUAUGCUGAAGUGCUGUGGAUAUAAAGGCUAUGAGGACUUCACAAUGUCCAAGUUUGUGAUGGAAACGUCGUCAUAUCCCACACAAUGUUGCGGUGAAGGUUCAAAUCCAAUCUGUAAAAACAAAGAAGCUAAGAGUAAGAUGGUGAGGGGCUGCUCUCAUGUCCUGAUGGAGGAAAAUAUUAUGUCUGGAGCUUUGGGUUUUCUGAUGUGCUUUCUGGAGAUUAUUGCAUUGGUUGUUUCCCUAAAAGUGUAUCGAUGCUUGGAAAACUUACCUGAUGUACUAGAGUGACAUCUCUGAAAAUUGUCUAAGCAGUGCUGUGAUAAAUAAAUCUUAAAUAUAAAUAUGAAAAUGUUGCCAUUGCAGAAAAACGUAUAAAUAACAACGUAAUUGUUAUAAAGAGUUAAUGAAGGUCAUAUGUUUUAUUAUGCAGCUAGCACACAGCAAAUUCUAUACAGCUUUUCUUUUGUCUUCUACUUUCAUGUGUCUCGCACCUUAAACGAAGUCCCCUUAAUUACACACAUUAUGAACAAACAUGCUCUCUCUGAACAGUACUGAACAUUUUCAUCUCUAAGAGUAUUAACAUUUCUCUGAAGCUAAAAUAAACAUGAAGCAUAACUCAAGUGGAUAUUUAUUUAAUGGAUUAUCCCAACCGUAUCACAUUAUGAGGAAUUGGUUUUGUGCAUUUUGUCUAAAAGUUUGCAAUAAUGUAAAGAGAACAGAACAUUUGUAA